AUGGCUCAAACUACCCUCAAGAUUUCUCUGAGGAAGAGAUUCGAUGGGAUGCUAUUCGGGGACUUGGCAGAACUGGCAGACAAGGUGUCUAAAUAUGAGGAACUGCUUAGGGAAGAACAACAGAAGAGAAACUCCUCAAAAGGCACAUAUUACAAGACACAAUCUUCCUCAAUACAUUUGAUUGAAGUUGAGACAUAA